AUGGCGUAUCCCGUCGACGUCGCCGCCCUAGUGGCCGAGAUGAGCGACACCCUCUCCACAAUCCGGUCGACCAUCGACACUCUUUCCUCCGCGGACCACCACUCCCGACUCGACCAGCUCGAGCACCAGCGAGACAGCACUCUCGCGGCCCUCCGCGCCAACUUUGAGCGCGAGGGCGAUGACCUCGCCGCCAAGCGCCGCAAGGAGCGCGAUGACUUGGCCGAGCGCCGGAGGAGGGAAGAUGAAGAGAUCUUAGCUCGCAGGAAACGAGAAGACGAGGACCUGGCGAUGCGGGAUGAGCAGGAAGAUGGCGAGAGGCAGAAUAGGCACGUCACCGAGACGGACGACGUGGAGGACGAGAUGGAUGGUUUGAUGGAGGUUAUUGAGCUAGAGGCGCAGGCUGUUCUGGACGAGGGCCGGGAUAAGCUGGCCCGGUUGGAGGAUAGGAGAAGGGAACUGAACCGCUUGAUUGAUGAGCAGAUGAAGGUUCCCCUACCUUCCAUUCCGACCAGACGCCGUUCGCGGACGAACCGGACGAUGGACUCGGCCAUCACUAGUAAGCCGCCGCCGGAGCCAACCCAGGCUACAUUGGGAGAGCCCCUCAAUAACCAUGUGAAGGCUACUAAAGAGCCAGCGCCGGCCUCCGCGCCGGUCCUAGCGCCCGUGCCCGAGCUGCCCCGCGGCGCUGACCUGGCGGACGCGGCGACGGCGGCAGCGGCGGAGCGGGACCUUCCUCAGCUGGCUGAGGAGGAGGACGUGAGCGACGCUUUUAUGCCCCGGGACGUCACGCACGGCGCGAGAGAAGUGGUGCUCGAGCCCAAGGAGUUCGAGGUUGACGCUGCGGCUGCGCAGCAGCGGAUGCGAAGAGCGCGAAUAGGAAGAACUUCGGUUUCGAGGGCGCUGCCUGAGGAGGUGCCGCAGGUUGUGGCCCCCGUUGAGCCGGUUGUUGCAAAGGAGGAGCCUGUUUAUCACGAAGAGCUUACACCUGAAUCGCCGGUGCGGAGCCUGCCGACAGUACAGGAGCCUACGCUUGAAGAAAGGGUAAUCGAAGAGAGAUUUGUUGAGCCCGUCGUGUCUAAUCCUGCCGACGAGUUUUCUCCGCCCCAGUCGCCCGCGUCUGAAUCGAACGUGGUUGAACAAACAAUCGACAUGGGGCGGGAUACUAUCGCUCUGGCACUGACUUCGGAUGAGAGGGUUGAGACGCCCCGCGCCGAGGUUUACGCUAGCUUUGUCGACCGCAGCGUGCACGAAUCCAUGAGCAACUACGCGGCGGCCGAUUCGGGGUCGCCCGUUAGGAAUUACCAAGAGGGCUACCGAUCGUAUUACGAAGAGGAGUCGUAUGAGCGAUCUCCCGGAUCGCCAGUCGUGCUCGUACACGACGCCCCCUACGAUGAGCCGGUUGUUGAGGAGUCGCAGGUUAUUUCGGAAGAGCCUCAUCGCGUAAUGGAGGAUGAGUAUGACUCGAGGCCGAGUUCGAGAACUUCGAGCAUCGUUGAAUCUGCGCCUCCCGUGCUCGAAAUUAGGAGCGUAGUAACCGAAGUGCCUGUCGAGGUCGUCAUCGAGGAGGUUGCCUCUGUGGAGGAGCCUAUCACGCAACACACUACUGAAGCCCAAGUGGUACAAGAACGGGAAGCGCCUACCUCGCCUGCUUUCGACCUCGAUAGGCAGUCUCCCGCGGAGCAGUACGCCGCUACGUUUGGCCACCCCGAACCUGAAAUCUACUCGGAAGAUGAGUUGCAAGACGCGUUCGAUCACGAUGAAGAUGCACCCGUCGUGAUGCAGACUCGGCAGAUGAGCCCUACCUACGUCGAGCAGGCCGAGAUACUGAUGGCCCAGGCUGCCGUCAUGUACGGCCAGAGGGAAGUUGAGGUUGCUUACGAGGACCAGGUUUACGUGGAGGUACCACAGACUGUUCAGCACGUAAUGGAAGCGAAAGUAAGCCCAAUGGAGGACGAGACCCUAAUCCAGCGUGAGGAUUCCCGCUAUCUAGAGCCUAGGAUGGAUGAGGACGUGGCCAUCGACAGCUUCUCCUCGGCCGAGACCGAGGCCGAAGAGGAGUACGCCCAUGUUCAAAAUGUGCAAGAUGUCACCCACGAACAGAAGCCAACUGCGCCCGUGAUGAGCGACGAGGAUUCCGCGGCGGAAAUCGACAAUGCGCCCACGCCUUCUCAGAAGCUUCAGGUCGACCUGGCUGAUUACAAGAUGGAGUUUGACGCAGCGGUUGAGAAUGUCCAGCUUCCCAAUGGAACGUGGUCUGUCGGCGUUCACGACGAUGCCGUCUACCAGUCCAUGGUGGACGAAUACCUCGCGCCUAAGAGCUACCCCCACAACCCAACUCCUUCCGAACUGCCCGAGGACGUCGAUGCUCCCGAGGAUCUCCGCGAGGAGAUGUAUUACACCGAGAAGACCUACGAAGUUCCCUAUCUAAACAGCCCUCGCGCCGAGAGCGAACUGACCUACGGCGAUGACGAGGACGAGGCGGAUAACUUUGGCUUGGACUACGCGCGCCGACCCGAUGCCCUCGUGGAGGACGUGGUGAUUGAACAAUUCGCGACCUACGCGGAUACCUACGAAGUACCGCAGCUCGACCCCAUCCGAGACGUGCCUUCUUUUCAUAGCCCGGUGUACGAGCGAGGCAUGGGAUCGGGAGACUACGAAGAUCGGGUUUUCGAGGAUCAGGUCUACGAAGAUCAAGUGUACGAGGACCAAGUCUACGAGGAUCGGGUUUACGGGGACCGCACUUACGAAGACGAGUCCGAGGUCGAGAAUUUUCGUGACCAAGGAGCACGAAGCGACGACGACGAUGAAGAGGACGACGAGUUCGAGCUCGAGCGUUUUCGUAGCGGAGAGCAGAGGCACUUUGAGCAAGACAGCGAGCCCGAGCAUUUUCGUGGCCAAGACGAAGACGACGCCACCAACUCGGACUACGCGUCCGAGCCUGAGAUUCCGCGAGCCGCUGCCGCUGCCGCUGCUGCCGCCGCCGUCGAAGAAGAAGAAGACUACGACGAUGACGAUAGCGAGGGCAGCGACCAGGAAGCCUUCGAACCCGAAGCUGAACCGGUUCAGGAGGUGCCAGUGCUCGCAGGUGCUGCGGGACAAGCGACACCAGAGCCCGAAGCUCGCGCCGCUGAGGAGGAGCCGGUCCAAGAAAGCUCUGCGGACGCGGAGAUCGACCAAGUCGCUCAAGUCGCCCAAGGUACCGCCGCAGAAGACGUCGUCCCCGCGCAAGAAGUUGCCGCCGUCGAGGAUUCCGACGCGCGUGAGCUCGCUCAAGUAAGUCCCGUUGCCGACAUCAGCGACAUCAGCGACGCCAGCGACGCCAGCGACCGUGAGGCGGUGGAGGAGGCCGCGCACGUCGACUGGGCGCGUGAGGCGCUCCCCGAUAUGGCGCAGCGCUCCGACGGGGCGGGAGGCACGCCGGAUGCGGCGCUGGCGCGGUUCAGGGAGACGUUUGCGCGGUUCAGGAAGGCGGUGGCGCCGUCGAUCGAGAGGCGCUUCUCGCAGCUGGAGGAGCCGGCGCCCAAGGUGCUCGAGGAGCUGAGGCUGGCGAGUCCUGCUUUGAAUGGGGUUAUGCGGGAGCAGCAGUCUGUUGCGGCGCAGCUUGAUAAUGGCGCGUGGGUUACGGAUCCGACGGAGGAGGAGUACCGGUCUGCGUCGGCGGCGGUGGCUGCUGGCUCCGUUGAGACACGCGAGGUGCUUGAGUCGCCUGCUGAAGUUGAGGAGCGGGGGUUGAUGGUGGAGGAGACUCCGGGACUGGAGAUGUCCGACUCGUUUACGGAGACCCCGUUGACGGAGCAGGUGGUCACUCCCGAGGAGAUUGGGCACGCGGCGCAGCCGGCUGUUUCUAGCUUGUAUGAGAGUAUGAUGCGCGAUGGAGACUCUACCGAGGCAGAGGUUUCUGUGGACAAGGUCCCGUCGCUACCGGUGGUGAUUGAUACGCUGCCGUUGGAGACCUCGUGGGCGCCUAAUGACCAAUCCGUCCACGACCACGAGCACACCUAUACCACCACUUAUUCCUACGAAAAUCACGUCAUCUACGAGGAGGACCACCCUGCAGCAGCCUUCGAGGCCCGCAUGGCACAAUACUCUGACACCCUGACGGCCGGCGACACCACAACGGAUAAGGAGUUGUUCGAGUCGGACGACGAGUCGGAUUACCAGUCGCAAGCGAGCGUCUACGCCGACGGCAUCCAAGACGUCCACCACCAGCGUGGGUCGGUAUCUCCCGAGAUUGUGCCCGCAGCGUCUUUGAUCGACGCUGAGCUCAUGAGCUACGAGGAGAUGCGCCCGGUCGACUACACAUCGGAAAACUCACCCUCAGCUACGAGCGAUCCAGAGGACAACAGCGACGUCAGCCCGCUCUCUAAAAGCGGCGGCUGCUCCUCUAUCCCGCAAGCCCGGGGCCUUGCGUUUAGCAGACAUAACCCAGACCGCCCCGUAACGCCUCCCGGACAAACGGCGACCGAGAGCUACGGCACCAUGGCCGACAGCCCGCAAGUUCCUUGGGACGCGUCGGGCCAAAUUGACUCAACGCCCAUGUCGCUGGUCAGCCAGAGCACCAUUUCCUCGUCGUCCGAGUCUCCCGUGCACGCCUCGCUGCCCAUCGACAACCACGAGCCCGUGAUCCGGGACUCCUGGCCCGCACCCAUCGGACACCACCCCUUUGAAGGCCACGACAUGCACGUCCCUUCUCCUCUCCAGUACCACGACGAUCCCAAGGCCGUGUCGGAGGAGAACCUGCCCACGCCAAUCGCCACGCAAAUGCCCCACAACGCGCUCGCCCGCAACUCCUUUGCGGCGCAUUCCGCAACCUCGAGCCCCGCACGCUCCCGCCCGUCCUCGGGCAUCUUUAGCUUCCCGCUCAAGCGAGCCGCCACAGUCGGUGCAGCAGCAGCCAAGAGCCCCGGGUACGACGUGCCGGGCGAGCGGCGCCGCGGCGGGUUCCUCAACGAGCACGAGGACGAGAUUGACGAACGAAGCGCGCUGCUGAGCGGCGUGGACGACAACUGA